UUUUUUUUUUUGAAGUAAUAAAAAUCAUAUAAAUUAAUUUUCUUCUAUUUAAAAAAAAUAAAAUUAUAUUGAUUAUGAAAGAGUCUUAUAUUUUUUUAUUACUAGCUUUAGCUGUACGAUUAAAUGAAUCAAAAUUUAAUUCAAAAAUAAAGGUUCAUAUAUAUAAUAGUGUCGUUACAAGAAAUGAAUGGAAAGAUUUAAAAGAUGUGAUAUGUGUUACAUAUCGUAGAGAUUCUUAUUAUCCAGUAGACAUUUUGAAAACAACUAAUAUAAAAAAAUUUAACAAGAAAAGUCGUUUGUUGAUUUUAUUCUUAAAUUGUUCAUAUGCAAGAGAUUUAAAAACACUAUUUUUCAUAUUUAAAGAAUUUGAAAAUUACUGUACAAGUUUGAUUCCCGAAGAAGGUCCCAUAGAAAAUGGAUAUGAUUGCGCUGUAGUGUUAUUUGCAAUUUUACAAAAAAUACCAUCAUUGAUAACAUUGAUGAAAGAAUCACUUUAUGUAAUGGAAUAUUUGCAUAAUUAUCCAAAGGAAGGUGGAAACAAAAAACCAAUUUUUGAACAUUUAUUUUUAAAUUUAGAAAAAUUGAACAACGUUUUAAAAAGCUCUCACCCUAUUGAAAAUAAUUCAUUGGCCACCAAAAAUUUUUUAAAACGUAUUCAUUUUUUUUUUACUUUUAAAUAUGUUGAAAUUGAUUGGGAUAUUGAUGCAUAUUGUCAAUUUGAACCAUUGGAUAGGGAAUUGUUGUGGCAAAAAUGGAAUGAAGAAUACAAAAAGAAAGUUAAUAACAAUAUAUUACAGUUCCAUGAUUAUCUAAGUGAAAGAAUUAAUUUAAUAGUUAAUUCUAUUGUUAUAGAAAAAUUUCAUAAACUAGGAUUUCAGUAUAAUCGAAAUACGCUACAAAUUGGUUUACCGUUUAUUGUUGACAUUAAUGAUCUCAAAUUUUUCACAAGACCUAAUAAAACUUUGGAAUUAGAGACAAGCGAACCCCAAAAAAAAGAAAUUGAAAAUCAAUGGAUAUUUGAACUUAUUGAUUCAUUAGAUGAAGAAAUAAAUAAUAAAUCAGAUACCAAUGAAGAAACCCAACUAAUUGAUUUUCUUGGACAAGGAUUAAAUCCUAAUGAUUCGCAUGAAGAUAUUUCAAACAAAAGUGAAAUUGCUGAAGAUAAUGACAAGUGUAUCAGAUAUUUUUAAUUGUUGAUUUAUCUUAAAAUCGCCACUUUUAUCGAAAUAUUAUAAUAUAUUUAUUUUCAAUUGUAUGUAAAAAUAAAUCAUUUUGUUUAAGCUUCGAAAAGUAUUUGAGAAGCUGUUGGUUUUA